AUGUUCCCGAAGGGCACCAAGCGCAAGUUCUCGGACUCCGGCGAGGAGCCGGCCGGCGGCGGCGGUGGCGGCGGCGAGCAGGGCCCGGCGGCGCCGUCGGCGGCGGCGGCCCGGGCGCUGACCUCCUCGUACAGCCUGCAGCGGCAGUCGCUGCUGGACAUGUCGCUCAUCAAGCUGCAGCUCUGCCACAUGCUGGUGGAGCCCAACCUGUGCCGCUCGGUGCUCAUCGCCAACACGGUGCGGCAGAUCCAGGAGGAGAUGACCCAGGACGGCACCUGGCAGAUCAUGACCCAGGCGCUGGCGGCCGCCCAGUGCCCCGCCGACCGCCUGGUGGCCACCGAGGUGCUCUGCCGGCAGACUGACCCGGCCGCGCAGGCCGGCCAGAGCCCCAAGCCCUUCUCCGUGGUGGGCCUGGAGGAGGGCUACCACUCGGAGGAGGUGGUGAUGGAGGGGGAGGUGGAGACGGAGGUGACGAUGUCCACUCUGUCCGCCGUCCCCCCACAGCUGUCGUCGGCCUCCUACCUGGCCGGCCCCUUCGGCAUGGGCCCCUGCUGGGAGGACGAGGAGGACGACGGCGGCUGCGACGAGGACGAGGAGGAGGACAGCGAGGAGUGCGCGUCGGAGGGGGAGGACGGCGAGCGGGACCGCCUGAGUCCGGACUCCAGGACAGGGGAGCAGGUUUUUGGGACCUUUGAGAUCAAGCACCCGGCGCCGCCCGCCGACCCCGCGCUGGAAGAACUGUUUUCAGACGUGGACCCCUCCUACUACGACCUCGACACGGUGCUGACGGGCAUGCAGAGCGCCCCCAAAAUGGGGCCCUACGACCUGCUGGAGAACCUGUCGUCCCACGGGCCCACGGCGCUCAGCUCCAGCUCGAACUGCAGGUCAGACCUGAACGAACUGGACCACAUCAUGGAGAUCAUCGUGGGGUCCUGA